AGUCAAAACAAAAACACGAGGAAGUGUUGUUCCUGAGGAAAUCUCUAAUUUCGCACCGUAAUUUGUGUCAUUUGGCAAUGUCAAGUAGUGAGGAUGAAGCUCCACCACCCACUGGACCCGUUGAGAAUGCGUGGAGUCUCAAAAUUCCCGAAUUCAAGCCGGAAGACAAUCCCAACGGGUUGCUGGAGGAGAGCUACUUUGCCACGCUGUUUCCCAAGUACCGAGAGAAGUAUCUCAAAGAGUGUUGGCCUCUGGUGAAGAAGUGCCUGGAGGGGCAUCAGAUUCGGGCGGAAUUGGACUUGAUUGAGGGCAGUAUGGUGGUGAAAACUACGCGGAAAACAUGGGAUCCAUACAUCAUCAUCAAGGCGCGUGACAUGAUUCGCUUGCUGGCCAGGAGUGUCCCAUUUGAGCAGGCGCAACGCGUGCUGGAGGACGAAGUGGGAUGUGAUGUGAUUCAGAUAGGCAAAAUCUGUCGGAAUCGCGAGAAGCUCGUGAAGAGACGUCAGCGAUUGAUUGGCCCCAAUGGAGCGACGCUUAAGUCUAUAGAACUCCUCACCAAUUGCUAUGUGAUGGUUCAGGGGAACACCGUGUCCGCCCUGGGCCCCUACAGAGGUCUGCAGUAUGUGCGGGAGAUUGUAAUUGACACCAUGAACAACGUCCAUCCGAUCUACAAUAUCAAAGCCCUGAUGAUUAAGCGCGAACUGGCCAAGGAUCCGAAAUUAAAUGGUGAAGAUUGGACGCGAUUCCUGCCCAAGUUCCGCAGCAAGAACGUCCAGCGGAAGCAGCCGAAGUCGAAGAAGCCCAAAAAGGAGUACACACCUUUCCCGCCACCGCAGCCUGAGAGCAAGAUCGACAAGCAACUGGCGUCCGGAGAGUACUUCCUCAAGGAGGAUCAGAAGCGCGCCAAGAAAUUGAAGGAGCGCGAUGAGAAGCAGAAGGCGGCGGCGAAGAAGCAGGAGGAGAGGCGCAACAAGGACUUCCAGCCGCCGGAAGAGGAGCCAAUGGCCAAGAAGAAGAGAGACAAGGCAGAGGAGAACAAAGUGGAUGUGAAGAAAUUGAAGGAGAAGAUCAAGAAGGCAAAUAAAAAGAAGGUAAAAGCGUGA